GCAUCUGUAGGUUUAAACAAAACCAGCCACAACAUGAAAACCUUCCACCUUAGGUCCCCCGUGUGUCACCAAAACAGCUCGGACCCAUCGGGACAUGUAUCAGGACCUCUUGGGGUGUCAGAUGGUGUCUGGGACCGGGAGAUUGGUAGUGGAUUCUUUGGGUCCUGUGGGUUGUGGGGUGGGGCCUCCGUGGAUCUGGUCUGAUCAAACAUGUCAUUCCCCACUUCAUGUGGCUCAUAGUUUCCCAGCAACCAGGAACUCAUAGCCUCCCACGCUUUUCCCGGCAACGUGUUACCGCUGAACACUCUCUCAUAUGGAAAGAAAGCACCGAUCAAGAAUGAAUGACCUGGAAGUUUAUCACUGAGAUCUACGUGGAUCUAUACAGACAGAAAUGGCUGAUAACAAGAGGAAGCGACCUGACUCUCUGAUGUCUGAUAAGUCCUUUGAGCUCCCAGACAGUUCCUGCAGUGAGCCGUCAACCAGUUCACAGACUAGUCCAGCCAAGUCCACUGGUCCCAGCAAUGCCUCUUAUAAGAGUGAUGCUUCCAAGUACCAGCCCUUAAAUUUUCCUCUUUUGGAAAAACAAAGCCAGCUGACUGAAGAGGCGUCCAGCUAUUCAGUGUGUAAGGAAGAUUUAAUCUGUGAACACUGGUCCCAGUCAGAUUCACCAGUAAACUACCUCUGCCCCAAAUGUGGAAACAAACAUGGAAAAGAUCCUGAACACCAGAGAGAUACCGAGGAAUACACCAGUGACAACCAUCUUUCGAAAGCAAAGAAGAAUUUUAAAGAGGCAAUGAGAAGUAAAUCAAGUUUGACGUAUGAAGAUCAUGGUGACCAACAGACUUUACUGAACAGUAUCUACACAGAACUCUACAUCACCACUGGCGAGAGCGGAGGGCCACAUAAAGAGCAUGAAUUCCGGGACCUUAAACGUAAACUGAAAAUGAAGCAAUCCUCUGAACAUUCAGUCAGCCUCUGUGACAUCUUUGAAUCUUUGCGUGACCAAGAGAAACCCCACAGAACAGUCCUGACAAUGGGCAUUGCAGGCAUUGGAAAAUCAUUUGCUGUGCACAAAUUCAUUCUGGACUGGGCUGAUGAGAAAACAAACAAAGAUACUGAUUUUGUUUUCUGUCUUACUUUCCGAGAGAUGAAUUUGAUUAGAGGUGACAAAAGCUUUCACAAGCUCCUGACUAAAUUCCAUCCUGCACUCCGAAAUUUGAAAGAUUCAGAGGAUUACUUCAAAACCAGGGUCAUAGUGAUCCUGGACGGCUGGAUGAAAGCAGACUUCAACUGGACUUUGAGAACAUUAAGACGGUGUCGUCGGUCAGUGAAGUAACAUCUUUGGAUAAUCUCCUAGCAAACCUCAUCAAGGGUAACCUUCUUCCUGAUGCAAAACUCUGGAUAACUUCCCGUCCAGCAGCAGCCAGUCAGAUCCCAGCAAAGUAUGUUGACCUGGUGACAGA